AUGGCUGACGAGUACGGCCGCAGCGGCUACGGCAGGUCCGGCGCCGGCGACGACUACGACAGCGGCUACAACAGCAAGUCCAGAACUGAUGACUACGGCCGUGGCGAAGGUGGCUACAACAAGUCCGGCGGCGACGAGUACGGCCGUGGCACCGGCGGCGGUGGGUACAACAAGUCCGGCAAGGACGACUACGACGGUGGGUACAACGAAUCGGGCACCAACGACGACGAAUACGGCCGCCGUGGCACCGGCGGCGGGUACAACAGCAAGUCCUCUGGCGACGACGCCUACACCGGCGGUGGCGGCGGGUACAACAGCAAGUCUGGUGGCGAGGACGACGGCGAGUACGGUUCCUCCCCGGACGACUCGGAGAAGUACAGGAAGGAGGAGAAAGAGCACAAGCACAAGGAGCACCUCGGCGAGAUGGGCGCCCUCGCCGCCGGCGCCUUCGCCCUGUACGAGAGGCACGAGGCGAAGAAGGACCCGGAGCACGCGCAGCGGCACAAGAUCGAGGAGGGCGUGGCGGCGGUGGCGGCCCUGGGCAGCGGCGGCUUCGCGUUCCACGAGCACCACGACAAGAAGGAGGCCAAGGACGCGGCGGAGGACGCCGAGGAGGAGGCGGAGUCCGGCCGCGGCGAGGGAAGAAGAAGCACCACUUCUUCGGCUGAUCGAGCUGCUGCUGUUCGAUCUCCCUGCGUGCUGCUCUGUGCUCUGUACUUGCUCCCAGAAGCAGCAUGUGCAUGCAGAUGCAGCCCGCGGGCGAAUGUAUGUAUGAUGUGCCGGUAUGUGAUGAUGUGUCUGCAUGCCGUCAGCUCCGUCGAGAGUACGUAG